AUGACUACACUGGAAAAACUCGUUGAAGGGGCUACUAAAAUCAAGCUGGCUCCUCCGAAACCCAAAUAUAUUGAGCCGAUUCUUAUGACUACUACGGAGGGAGAGAGAUCGGACGAUUUCAGAACUGUUAUGAAGGCUUUAAAUAGAAGAUUGGGUGACUCUGCAUGGACCAUCGUCUAUAAGGCGUUGAUUGUGAUCCAUAUACUGGUGAGAGAAGGAGACGAAAAUGUUUGUAUAAAGUACCUAUCAAACCAUUUAUCUAUUUUUGAUUUGAAGAUUGGCAAAGGUGGGAAGUUCAUCUCAAAUGGUGGCGAUUUGAACCAGGUAUAUAGUUAUGCCCAAUAUCUUACCGCUAGAGCGAAGGCUUUUGGAAUGACCAAACAUGAUUUCAUCAAGGAAACCAAGAAACCGUUUGGCUCAUGGAACUCGUCCGAUAAAUCUUCAAUUUUAAGGGACAUCUCUGUUGAUAAAGGCUUAUUAAGACUGACUGAAUCUGUGCAAGCUCAAAUUGACGCCUUAUUGAGAUGUAAGUUUCGUGAAAGUGAAGUCAACAAUGAUUUGGUUGUUUUGAGUUUUAGGAUGUUAACAACGGAUUUGAUCUCCUUAUACCAAUGUUUGAAUGAGGGUGUUUUGAAUAUCCUAGAGCAUUUCUUUGAUUUGAGUAAAACCGAUGCAGAGAGGGCAUUUGAGAUUUACGAGCAUUUCACCAAGCAAACUAAAAAGGUGAUUGAUUUUUUGAAGGUUGCCAAACAUUUAGAAGGCACUACUAAACUCAGAGUUCCAACUAUUAAACAUGCGCAGACUAGUUUGACUGACUCCUUGAGAGACUAUUUGAACGAUCCCGACUUUGAAAUCAACAGAAGGCAAUAUCUUGCGGAAAAAAACUAUUCUAAAAACCAAAAUGACAGUGCAUCGCCAUUAAGAGAAACAAAUAAGGUCAAUAGUUUCUCUGCAAAACCUUUGCAAAUGAUUCCAGAAGGACCUUCACAGAAUCAGCUGGAGCAACAACAGCACAACAUUCAAGCACAACAAUUGCAACUACAACAGCAACAACAACAACAGCAACAGCAACAGCAACAAAUUGAAAUGCAGCAAGCUGCUAUUCGGCAACAGCAAUUACAUGAACAAGCUGCUCAAUUACAGGCUGCUCAACAACAAUUCUUACAAGCACAAGCUACUGCACAAGCGCAAAUGAUGCAACAGCCAUCUCCUGUUCAUGUUCAGACCACUGGUUUCAACCCGUUCACCAAUAUGAAUACAUUUAGUGUUCAACCAGCGAUUCAAUCACCUCUGGUCAAUCAAACAGCUGCUCAAAGUCAAAAUGUUCAGCAGGUUCCGCCUCCAAUGCCUGUGCAAAAUACAUUUAUUACCACACCCUUACAACAACCACGUAUUUUAUCCAACAACUUCACUGGUAAUGGGUUUGGCAAUACUGUAUCUCCGGUCACACAGGUAAGCCCUGUCAGGGUAAAUACUACGGGCAACAAUCCAUUUACUAACUCACGGUUUAGUUCGACAUCCAACACGACGGCAUUCACUAAUGAAGGUACUACUUUAUCACCAAGAAGAGAGUCUGUAGUUUCAACCCAUACUAUAAAAUCUCAUACUAAUCCAUUUAAGAUUGACGAACCAAUCAUCGAGACACCAAAACAACAGGCCCAGCAGUUUGUCCCCCAAGUCACAGCUGGCGGAUUGGAGAAGUUGCCUACAAUUCCUGUUUUCCCUGAUACACAACGAGCAUCUUAUCAGCAAGGGCUACAACAACAAGCUGGAAUUGAGUUACAACGUGGAGUGAUUCAACAUCAAAUUGCUACCAAUCCAUUCUCGCAAGAAGCUACAGGAUAUGUACAACAAGCGCAAAUCCAGCCAUCGCUGCCCCAACAGCAACAGCAACAACAGCAGCAACAGCUAUUUGGACAGUUUCCAGUGCAACCCCAAAUGCAACCCCAAAUGCAACAGCCACAAUACAGCAGUGUUUACAAUGGACCUAAUUUACUUGGGUGA